UGACGAGCCCUUUCCAGCCUCCUAGAUAGGGGUCCAUGAGGAUUUCUUCCUGGCUGUUCAGGCAGCUCUGGAACAUGACCAGCACCCCUUUCAAGCCAUAAACGUCCUCGCCAUCAGCCAUGAUGAAGCUAGGAAAGCGGAGGAGAGACUCCAAGCGGAUGGGGAACACCUGCCAGGAAACUUUGGUUGAGCUCGCCGGUAAUGCUGAGACGGUGAUCGCUGCAGAGCCUUGGGACGCCUUCCUUCCUUCCUUCCAGGAUGCCUGAAAUAAAAGUCACCCCCCUGGGAGCUGGCCAAGAUGUGGGCCGCAGCUGCAUCCUUGUGUCCAUUGCAGGGAAGAACGUCAUGCUCGAUUGCGGGAUGCACAUGGGAUUCAACGAUGACAGGCGGUUUCCUGAUUUUUCUUACAUCACCCAGAACGGAAGGCUGACUGACUUCCUGGACUGUGUCAUCGUUAGCCACUUCCAUCUGGAUCACUGUGGGGCCCUCCCCUACUUCAGCGAGAUGGUUGGCUACGAUGGGCCGAUUUACAUGACUCACCCGACAAAAGCCAUUUGCCCCAUUCUGCUGGAAGAUUUCCGGAAAAUCACCGUGGACAAGAAAGGGGAGACCAACUUCUUCACCUCCCAGAUGAUCAAAGACUGCAUGAAGAAAGUGGUGGCUGUCCACCUUCACCAGACUGUACAGGUGGACAGCGAAUUGGAGAUUAAGGCCUAUUACGCUGGCCACGUCCUUGGGGCAGCGAUGUUCCAGAUUAAAGUCGGUUGUGAAUCAGUGGUUUAUACCGGUGACUAUAACAUGACACCAGACAGACAUUUGGGGGCAGCUUGGAUUGACAAAUGCCGCCCCGACCUGCUGAUUUCUGAAUCCACAUACGCCACCACCAUCAGGGACUCCAAACGCUGCAGAGAAAGGGAUUUUUUGAAGAAGGUCCACGAGACCAUUGAGCGUGGGGGGAAGGUCCUGAUCCCAGUUUUCGCUCUGGGCCGGGCUCAAGAACUCUGCAUUUUGCUGGAGACCUUCUGGGAGCGCAUGAACUUGAAGGCGCCCAUCUACUUCUCAACGGGCCUGACGGAGAAGGCAAACCACUACUACAAGCUCUUCAUCACGUGGACGAAUCAGAAGAUCCGGAAAACCUUUGUCCAGAGGAACAUGUUUGAGUUCAAGCACAUCAAAGCCUUUGAGAGGACCUACGUUGACAACCCUGGGCCCAUGGUUGUGUUUGCUACGCCAGGGAUGCUGCACGCGGGCCAGUCACUCCAUAUCUUCAAGAAAUGGGCCGGCAACGAGAAAAACAUGGUCAUCAUGCCAGGGUAUUGUGUCCAAGGAACGGUGGGCCACAAAAUUUUGGGCGGGCAACGGAAGCUAGAAAUGGAAGGAAGACAAAUUCUGGAAGUGAAGAUGCAGGUGGAAUACAUGUCGUUCAGCGCACACGCCGACGCCAAGGGCAUCAUGCAGCUGAUUCGGCAGGCCGAGCCCCGCAACGUCCUGCUGGUCCACGGCGAGGCCAAGAAGAUGGAAUUCCUGAAGCAGAAAAUCGAGCAAGAAUUCCGGGUUCAGUGUUACAUGCCUGCCAAUGGGGAAACGGUGUCUGUUUUCACCAAUCCUAACAUCCCGGUGGAUAUUUCUCUCGGGCUGCUGAAGAGAGAGCUGGCGAUUGGACCCUCACCGGCCUCCAAGAAGCCGAAGCUGUUACAUGGCACCCUGAUAAUCAAGGAUAAUAGUUUCCGCUUGGUUUCUCCUGAGCAAGCCCUGAAGGAGCUGGGCCUGGGGGAGCACCAGCUGCGCUUCACCUGCCGGAUCCACUUUCAAGACCCCCGCAAGGAACACGAGACCGGCCUGUGUGUUUACAACCACCUGAAAAGCGCCUUGAAGGAUUAUUCCGUCCAGCAUCUCUCAGACACCUCCAUCAUGGUGGAGUCCAUCUUGAUCCAGGUUACGGUGCAGUCUGAGGACCCCGCCACCAAACUUCUGCUGGUGUCCUGGACAUACCAGGAUGAAGAAAUGGGGAGCUACGUCACGUCUCUGCUGAAGAAAGCCCUGCCUCAGAUUACAGGAUGAGCCUCUGGGGGCCUCCAAGCUGCUGCCAGAGACCUUUAGCUACCGAGAAGGUUUGCGCACGAGGAGGUGAGAGGGCCGUGCCCCAACGGAGCCACCACCAUCGGAAAGGAAACCGCUGCCUCGGGCAGAGUUGCAACGGCUGGCAAGAGGAGAAGAGGACGUGGUGGAAGACUUGGAUUUUUCCGAUGGAGACUGAUGGAUGGACAGAUUUUUUGGGGGUGUAACUGGACAGCUGUUGCCACUUGUGGAGGGCCGAGGAAGGGGCUGCAUUGUUCCAGCUGGCCCUGAAGCCCAGUUGAUGCACUGGAGGGAAAUGCCAGAAAAUUUUAUCCUCCAGCA